AUGAAGUUUGAGAAAGAACCGUUUCCAGUGGAGCUUCAAAUUUUGCUGAUUAUUUUGCUGCUGAGCUCAAUUUUCCUGGUCAUCACCAUUCUGGUGUACACCUUCAGCCCGCAAAUUGAAUCAUUUCACAGAAAGUGCGUGAUUUUCUACGCUGCAAAUCAGGCAGCGACUUUCAUCGCCUUGACUGUCAAAAGAUACAUGCCCUUGUAUUCGUCUCUUGCCUCCAUGUUUUGGCUCAACUCAAUGUGCAUCGACAUUUUCUUCGCUUAUGAAGGAGUUAUUCGCACGGGAAAAUACUACUUUGCAAAUUUUGCUGCAUAUUCGUCUUGCCUGCCAAUCGCAAUAGUGGUCGUGGCCCUGAUUUCCAACCGGAUCGACGAUGAGGACUCCAUUUUCAACCCAAAUAUAGGAAAUCGAGUAUGCACGUUAAACGGCACAGGGCCCGUGUGGCUUUACUACCAAGGACCGAGCUUGAUUUUGCUUUUGGCAAACCUCGGCUUGUUGUUCGCAACCUGCGGAAACAGCGAGCCAUUCAGCACAAUGGAGGAAACCGUCCUGACGGUGCCGCAGGGAAAGGAACGGCGCAGAAAGUAUUUAAUCAUGACCCUCUUGGAGGGUUACUCGUUCGUCCAAAUAUCCAGCCAGUACUUUUUUGACAUUGACUACAGUAUCGUGUUCAUUGGUAUCUGCCUCGACGUUUCGAGAGGAAUUUUUGUCUUUUUGCUCCUUGUGUGCGCGGACAUGUGCUGA